AGUAAUAGUAGGAGUAGUAAUAAUAAUAAUAAAUUUAAUAUUAAGAUUCCAACGAAAACUACUUUUAUCUUUCGUGUCAUUCCGUUAGCGUCGUUCCGUUAGCGUCGUUUGCCCUGCGGGACGCCGCGCUUAUCUGUUGCCGCGUAAACGAAGUACUGCACUAUAUAUCGUGAUAAAUGCAUAAAUAUUAUUAAAGGGAGAUGAACCUCGUAUUCCUCUUCUUGAUUUCCAUCGUGCUUUAUCGAGGAAGAAGCCUUUGGGUCGUCCUUUUUAAAACGUUUACUCCCUCUGCUCUUCCCGGUAUUCUUGUUUUCAUCCUCUUCGGCGACAACGGGCUGCGCGUCCUCUUCGUCGGCUUUCGCAUUGUCGUCGAUCCCUUUGAGGCUAUGCCUGCCCCGAGAUGGUCGCUUCUUGGUUGAACUUCUGCGCGACGUAUCCAUAGAUUCAUCGUCUUUUCCUUUCUUCAUUUCGUCGCUUUCAUCGGCGGUCGAACGAGGGACGCCAUUUUCCUCCGAACCUUCUUCGCUGGUCGUUUCGGACUUCCUACGCUUACUCUUCAUACUCAACCUUCGCAUACUAUUUCAGCCACCGACAAAAUAUCACUUUUCGUUGCGGGUUUCGUUCGAAUUGAAAUCAGAAAUAAUACACUUUCAGCCGAGUAUUAUGUACCCGCUUAUCUACAAACUGUUUCCUCUCGACUCCUCUGUAAACAAUUCGGAACUGCAAUACAAACUUCUUGCGCAGUCGUGCCGAAGCAGCAGGAACUUCCAAUCCAGCGCGGCAGAGGAAGGCCACCGACUGCAUCGAUGGUUCGAGUUCCAUGCGUUAAGGACCGGUGUCGGUUCGCUGGCCAAGUAACUUCUAGGAACGGAAGAAAUCCAAAAUAUCAAUCUUUUUAGGCGUACAACGGAUCUCUUUACAGGAUUACUUCUCGACUAUCAACGUAAAAUGGAUGUCUGAUUCGUUCGGUCGAGUUCAGGUACACGAGCAGAUGUAACUGCCAGUUGAACAUUUACCCCCGAUUUCUUCCCUUUGCCAAUUUUACUUUUUCAUUAGUUGGUACAACAAUGUUUAUACUUCUUAUGUUUACGUAACUUACUACGGCCUGCUUUAAUCUUCAAAGUAAUCGGAUAAUAUGUGAUCCAUUUUAAUAAUGAGUAUUAAACGUCUAAAAUCUAAAUAAACGUAAAUGUAAAUAAACGAUUUACUCUUCGAAGAACAGAUCUCAAUUUUCUUGUCUGUAGUAAGGAAGACUCCUACUUUUCUCAAUUCUAUAGUAAUAUUAUUCGUCGUCGAUACUAAAAGUAGCACAAGAUAGAAAAUGUAUACAUGCACACACGAAUGAAAUAUAAUAAAGUAUUAAAUCGAUAUCGAAUUCGAAAUGUACUUGUUUGCUACUUCGGUUGCUUUGGUGAUCCUCUAAUGACUUUGUUGUCACUGCCAGUACUGAAACACUUUUCCGGAUUUCGGUCGUAUUAUUUUGUACAGACGGUAAAUUGUUUGAAAAUUAUGGCUAACAGAUCUGUAACAACCUAUGAAAAACCUCUAGCUCAUAUAGGAUUAGCAGAUUGGUAUGCUAGCCAAUGGGAACUUCAACAAAGUGCAGAUGCCGAAAGUGCAGAAGCAUUUACAUUGAGAAAUUCAGGGAAGAUUGUUCGGUCGGAGACAACGGUGAAGACCAUGUGGGAUACGUACAUGAAUAAUGCUCGAUUUGCGGAUAGGAUAACAGAAUUAUCAAGGUGGAGAGAACUGCUUCAGAAUUUGUUAAGCAAACUCUUAUCGGAAACUCGUCUUUUGAAGGAUGAGAAAAGCGACGCGGAGAAGGAAUUGGAAUCUUUGAACUGUCCUCUGCAAGUAACAGCAGAAUGUAUUUCGAUGAGAGACUGUCGUAGAGGAACAGAGCUUACGUACGAUGAAGCUGACACAGAACUGAAAAAGGAACUUUGCGUCAUAGAGAAUAUUAAACAAUCGCUGACCGAUAGAAUUCAAUCUGCAUGGGAGAAAUUAAAUCUGUUGGAGGAAGUUAGAUUUAAAAUAGCACUGGAUGUCGAAGACAAGUCCGAGACCAUAAAAAUAGACAAAGAAAAUCUGAAUUUAGACCGUACAUGCGCAAACAUCAGUUAUAAACCAAACGCGUUAAGGGUUCCGAAAGAUGCAAUAUCUUACGAAGCUUGGUUGGAACACUGCCAGUAUUCGAAAACUUUAGCCGACAACGAAUUGAGCGACGUAUACAAUUUUCGCGAGUCUAUGAACGUAAUGCGAGAACGCGCAAGAAACGACAUUAAAGCUCAACAGGAUGUAACGGACUUCAGUUUACGAAAGAGAAUACAUCAGACACAAAAAGCACGCAACGAAUUGGAAUGGCAGAAGCACAAAAUAGAAAAAGAAAUGGAAGUCAUGCAAAAAGAAAUAGUGCGGUUGGAAGAUGCUCUCUCACAUAAAACUGAUUCGAUAAAAUGCGUAGAAACAAGACUAGAAAAUCGCACUUAUCGUCCUGGCUUUGAACUCUGUCGUGACGAAGUAGACGGCGGUUUGAAAGAUGAAGUUUUACAGUUGCGACAGACUGAAAAAGAUUUGAAAACAGUUAUCGAAGAUUCCAAAGGAUCGUAUAAUCGUUUAGAAGGUUUACUUCUAAAAAUUCAGAGAAAUUUAGACGACAAAGAACACUCGUUAGCAACGGACGUGAUGUGUUUGGAUAUAAGAGCAACAUUAAAAACAGGAGACAGAACACGAUUACCUAAUGAAACGGAUCGCAACAUCGUUCUUACGCGCAUGGAAAAAGAAAUACCACUUGAAUCGGCAUAAUAUUUAUGUAAUUCUGCCCAAGUCUAUAAAUUGUGUGU